GCCCCGCCUACGGCUCCCCCUAGUUAGAGAAUCCUCUAGCACGGCGGCUUCACAGGACCCGGCACCGGAGCCUCGGUGGUUUAGUCGGUGCAGUCAGCUCGGUAUCCAGCAGGCGUAUAACGGGUCCAGUAAGACGUGGCGGAAGAACCUGGCCUGACUAGUGUAAAGAAGCAUUUAUGCACCUUCCUGGCAGCUGGCCCAGACUUUCCACCAGUCCUGACGUCUCAUCCCAGCUAAGCGUGUGAACAAGGAAACUUCUUUGUGCUUUACAUUUCUUCAGUAGUGCUAAAAAAGAUGUCUCGGAAGCACAGUAAUAAGGAUCCUAUAGGCUUUGUCUUCGACGUCCAGUCAAAUACGGUCAUGGCACAAGGGGGCUCGUAUGAGAAUAUGAAAGAAAAGAUUAAUGCAGUACGUUCUGUUGUUCCCAACAAGAGUAAUAAUGAGAUCAUCUUGGUGCUCCAGCACUUCGACAACUGUGUGGACAGGACUGUACAAGCUUUCAUGGAAGGUAAUGCAGUGGAAGUUCUAAAAGAAUGGACAGUUCUGGGCAAAAAGAAGAACAAGAAGAAGAAGACUAAACCAAAAGCUGAACCUGCACCUGCCACCAAUACAGUGGUCGCUGGGAAAGUGGCCCCUGCAGAGGGAGAGCAGAAAGCCACAUCUCCUGACAAAAGUGGACUCAAUGGUUAUCAUAUAAAUGGUUCCACCCAUGACACGGAGUCGGUGGAUUCCUUCAGUGAGGGUUUGGAUGCGCUUUCUUUGGAUGCCAGAGAGCUGGAAGACUCUGAGCCGACCACCCCUGAUGUAUCUGAUCACCCAGCCACCACACUUCAUAAUGGCCGUCCAGAUCUAGACCUCAAACUGUCCACAUCUCAUCUGCCUCCGAACCUGCAACAUAAGCAUGGCCACUCAGACCACAGACACAACAAAGCUCGCUCUGGAAGUGUAUCUAGCUCUCAGUCACUGUCUUCAUCUUUAGCCGAGGAUGUUCAUGGAUCCUCAGGAUCUAGGAAACUUGGUGCUAAUAUAGAGAAGUCUAUGAAGGACCUGCAGCGCUGCUCUGUGUCCCUGGCACGGUAUCGCAUAGUUGUGAAGGAAGAAAUGGAUGCCUCUAUCAAGAAGAUGAAGCAGACUUUUUCAGAACUGCAGAUCUGCCUCAUGGACAGAGAAGUGGCAUUACUAGCGGAAAUGGAUAAGGUGAAAGCCGAAGCAAUGGAGAUCCUGGCUAGCCGUCAGAAGAAGGCAGAGGAGCUGAAGAAGCUGGCAGAUGUAGCUGUGCGGAUGUCUGAAGAGCAGUUGUCAGAGCUUCGUGCAGACAUCAAGCAUUUCGUCAGUGAGAGGAAGUAUGAUGAGGAGCUGGGCCGUGCUGCAAAGUUCACUGCUGACCUUGAGACUCUGAAGAAAAGCAUUGAUUCCUUUGGACAAGUGUCCCACCCAAAGAACAAUUACUCUACCCGCUCUCGAUGUUGCUCCCUAAAUAUUCCCAGUGAUGCCUCCGCUCCGUCCACCCCAGUCCUGUCUUCUGCUCCCAGCCUUACUUCAACCAAUCGAAAGCCUGCAGCCAUAGGAGACUCUGCUCCCGGUCAUAAUGUUACAAGGCAGAACCAACCACCCAGACAGGGAUAUCCUAUGAACAAAAGACCAGGGCAGGGCUACCGACCUCAGGGCCCACGGCAGAACUACAACACUAACAAUGCAAGAUAUGAUAAUGCCAAUCGCAACCGGAACAGCUCCUGGUACCAUUCUAACCCACGAAACCAAGGCUAUCCACAGACACAACGUCCACCUAGUGAUCGGGUAUCUACCCAUCCGUCUGGAACCAAUGGACCUGCUGCAACCCCCGAGUCCGUCCAAAUAGGGGUCUUGGACCCUGAUAAUAAAGCCCUACCACAACGUAAACCGAGAGCGAACCCUUCGUCAGCUUCCUGAGACAGGAGAGAACCUACGCCUUUAGUCUGCACUUUCAACAUUCAACUCUGUAACUUGACUUUAGAAAACUGUUAGAUAUAUUAACAAAAAGAAACGUUUACAGCCAGCUGUUUCGUGCCACUUUGUUGUUUUUAUCUUGUCUUUAUCAAUGCCUUGGGGGUCUUUUUCCUUCUUAAUGGACACUUCUCGCCCAUUCACGUUCAGAUUUCCAGCCUCGCUUCUAAAGUAAAAAUGGGCUUUUCCAUGAGUUGCUACCUUUGUAUAUGCUUCCCCAAGCUUAGUCCCCUUCUUAGAUGUCCUCAACUAAGAGCACAGGCAGGUGUUGGCUAGGACAUAUGUCAUAUUAGUGCCAGCUUUUCAAAAUUCUGCUCCCCAGCAGCUUCUGAAAUUUUUUAAUGUAUUGCUCGAUUUUAUAGAAUGGAAAUCUAUGCAAUGUCACAUACGACCAUUCUGUAUGCUCCUCAUGGAGUGACUUGGCAUUGCUCGGUUUCUGCACUACAUAGAUCUAUCUAUUCAGACCGUGUACCUUUUAGCUCUGCCAGUACUUUAGUUUACUUUCUAGAUGCCAUUUCCUACGUCUGUCUUCAAAGUGCCUUGUUUUUUGUACUGGUAUCAGCAACUUAUACACAUUCCCUCCAUUUCUUACAGUCCCCAAAUGCUGAACUCCUUUUAAAAAAAAAUAAUAAUUGUGAUCAGUCAUUUGUGGCACUUCCACGACUGACAUUAUUUCCGUUAAUGGCAUACAUUUAGCACUGCUGGAUGCCAUGGUUCAGUUUACCACAUGUUGUUUUUCUUUGGUUUUCGAUUGCUUACUUGUCCAAACUGGAAGUCUUUAAGUCUCUCUCUGUGCAGAUUCCAGAAGCAUUGUUGAGUACAGUGGGAGCCAGUUCAGUCUUAUUACUUCCUUGGCCCUUUCAUCCAGCUGUUUUUUUUCUUUUUGUUUGUGGACCAAAGAGUGAACUUGCAAUGUUCUAUUGGAUGUGGCCUUGGGCCGCAUGUUGCAGUUUUUUUCCCCCAUGUUCCUGUAAAUUAGGGCAGUGCCCCUUUCCUUAUUUUUCCUCUUGUCCAAAGAUGCACCUUUCACCAAUAUUCAUGUGUCUUGUUUUUUCUUUUGGCCAUGGGAAAGUGAGGGGGAUAAUGUUAUAGAUAUAGGUUUUCAUUUUAUAAUAUUUAGUUCAAGGGCUUUGGUGUUGUCGCAUUCCUAGAACAACACUUAAAGAAUAUUGAAAUAUUCAAUACAGUACAUUAUACAGAUCUAGCGCAGGUAUGUUGAGCAUCAGCAGAGCAAUCUGUAUCAGACAUUGAUUUAGGUGUAUAUUGUGACAGCUAUUGAUCUGCUUGCCUUGGGACCUUUAUCAGCUUUCGUCUAUGUGGCUGUUUGAGUUUAUGGUGGCCACUAAGACCAUCCCACAGGCGAGCCUUUACGUCUCUUACAAUGACAAUCCUGCAGUGCUAGUCUAAUGUACUCUGUACCGUGAAUCAUAUCUUGCUAGUUACAUAAAAUGCUAUGCAGAACUUAAUCUCACAGUUUAAUUAUAUGGAAAUAGUACAUAAAUACAGAAGGAAUAUUUGAAUGAGUAGGCUGUUGGAUACUGAAAUAUGUAAAGAGGUGCAUGGGGCAUUUUCUUCUGGAAUAAAAAAAUUUGCAACAAGGAAGGUCAAUAAAUGGGAUAGUUUUGAA